AUGCCAAGGAGCCUUGGGGGCCUGUCCCCAGAUGCGGCCCUCAGCGGCCCAUCAUCACCGAUUCCACUGGGACGACACGGCGCGCGGGGCGGAACACACGUCGCAGCGGAAAGAGCAGCGUCGCCGCAGGUUUUGGAGGGCAAACAAGCCGGCUGUGCUUGUGGCGACGUCGCAGCUGUUUGGCGCCACGAUGAACCUGAGCGCCAGGCUCCUCGAGCUGGAGGGCCAGGGCAUGCACCCCGUGCAGAUGCUCCUCGUCCGGCAGGGCGUGACGUGCGCCUGCUGCCUGGCGUACAUGCGGUGGGCGAGGACGGCCGACGCCCCGUUUGGCUGCAAGGAGAUCCGGUGGCUCCUCGUGGCGCGCGGAUGUACGGGCUUCCUGGGCAUCCUGGGCAUGUGGUGGUCGAUGAUGUACCUCCCGCUGGCGGACGCCACCGUCAUGACGUUCCUGGCCCCCGGCGUCGCGGGCUUCGUGUGCUGCUUCGUCCUCCGGGAGCCCUUUUCGCGGCUCGAGCGGCUCGCCACGCUCGUGGCCCUCGUGUCGUGCUCAUCGCCCAGCCGGGGGCUCUGUUUGCGACGCCCUCGCCCUCGCCCUCGCCCUCGCCCGAGGAGCGGCUGCUGGCCGUGGGCGUGGCCCUGCUCGGCGUGCUCGGCGCCGCGGGGGCCUUCACGGCCCUCCGAGCCAUUGGGAAGCGCGCGCACCCCCUGAUAUCCGUAAACGCCUUUGCCAUGGUUUGCACCGUCGUGUGCGUCGCGGCCCUGGGGCUCGGCCCCGUCCUGGACGUCGCGCAGCCGUCUCUGCGGUGGGUUGCGCCCGCGAGCCCGAGGCAGUGGCUGCUUCUGCUGUCUCUCAGCGCCCUGGGCUUCGUCAUGCAGUGUCUGUUGACGGCGGGCCUGGCCGCCGACAAGUCGAACCGGGCAAAUGCCAUGGUCUACACGCACAUGCUGUUCGCCGCGAGCUUUGACCGCUGGGUAUUCGGCCACCGCAUGGGCCUGGUGAGCUUUGCAGGCUGCGCCCUCAUCUUGGGCGGUGCCCUCGCCGUGGUUUUCGUCAAGAGCCCCCCGCCGCCGCUGCCAGGGGCCGACGACGCGGAAAGGCAGGGCAACUUGGCUGGCGAGGCUGAGGGGUCGCCCAUGCUGCUUGGUGUUGUUGCUGGGCACGUCGGGAGUGUGAAUCCGGCAAGGAUCAGAUAG